AGGUGAUAAGAUCGAAAAGUGAAAGAAAGCGCGUUAGUGCAAAGUUCGAACACCUGGACGCUGUCUCCACGCUAUUUGAAGUGAUCGCGAAUCGAAAGAAAUAGCAUGAGUCAUUGGUAAUGAAAGGGUAACGCGAAGUUGUGGUAGUCGUGUCCUGAACGAGAGAGCGAGAGCGUAGAAAACGGGAGAGGGCUCCGUUCGGUGCAGUCGUCCCUGGGUUUCGAGUCGGACAGCUCAGUUCAUUUUGUUGGUAGAGGCGGACGGCGAACAGCGGUGCAUAGCGCGACAGCUGAUUCCGAACAGUGUUGCGUCGACCGAUCGUUUCUCUCGACUGUCAGUUGCAGUUGAUACCCCGAAUCGGUUAGUUGGUUCACGAGUCUACUCGGUUUAUUGCUUUAUGCGUGUACACGCAACGCGACUUGAUCUCUUGGAAGCCGUGCUGUACGUGAUCGUGGUGAGCGCAUCCUUCGGAAACGAAUGCAGCCUCGCAAUUCGAAAAACUCGUCAUCGAUCGCGGGGAAAGCGAAGGCGAGGAUUAAAGGCGCGUCGUAACGAAAGACCGUGUUAGAACCUUCGUUUCUCUUUGCUUUGAGAGGUGACCAUCGUGACCAGGAGGGGUUCUUUCGUGAACGACUACUGUGAACAGUGGAGCGAGGGACAAAAGGGCGGAGAGACAGAGGAUGCACAGCGUCAUCGUCAGGGUAUGAUUUCGGACACCGCUAGGAUACCAAAUUCUACUUUCGACCGAUGCAUCAGCAGAUGAUGGCAGAUCUGAAAAAUCUCAGUCUGAGCGGUGGAGGAGGACCCAGAUACAGCGGCGAUGAACAGGUGCAAUUCAUUCCGGGCGGAAGUCACCAGGUGACGAUUAAAUCUCCUCCACCGACGUUACACUUGGAAAGUCUGAACAAUGCAGUUCUCAGCGGCUCGCAAAACAAUCUGCACUGCAAUUGCAACGGCAGCACGACGAACGGUGCCGCGGUUUCAAUGUGUAGCAGUAGCAUGUUCGUGAGAAAGGUGCCCAAUCAUAGUCCAGGACAGGAUGGUAAAAGGCCGGCGGUAACGUUGACGCAUCUUCCAAAGAGGCCACCGGUUGACGUCGAGUUCAAGAACCUGGCGUACAGCGUGUCCGAAGGCAGGAAGAGAGGAUACAAGACGAUUCUAAAAUGUGUCAACGGGAAAUUCCGAUCCGGAGAACUGACCGCCAUCAUGGGCCCUUCCGGUGCCGGGAAGAGUACGCUAAUGAACGUGUUGGCAGGAUACAAAACGUCUCACCUCAGCGGCUCCGUUCUAAUAAACGGAAAAGACAGGAAUCUCAGAAGAUUUCGAAAGAUGUCCUGUUACAUAAUGCAAGACGAUCAUCUGCUGCCUCACCUAACUGUGUACGAGGCAAUGACGGUCUCGGCUAACUUAAAAUUGGGGAAAGACAUCAGCGCGAUGGAGAAAAAAGUAGUGGUCGAAGAAAUCAUCGAAACUCUCGGCCUAAGCGACGCGAGCAACACACAAACUCAUUGCCUGAGCGGUGGCCAAAAAAAGAGGCUAUCGAUCGCAUUGGAGCUCGUGAAUAAUCCUCCGGUGAUGUUUUUCGACGAGCCGACUUCCGGUUUAGAUAGUUCGACUUGUUACCAAUGCUUGAGCUUACUCAAAUCGUUAAGCAGAGGAGGAAGGACUAUCAUAUGCACGAUACAUCAGCCAAGUGCACGAUUGUUCGAAAUGUUCGAUCAUUUGUACCUUUUGGCUGAGGGCCAAUGUAUAUAUCAAGGUAACGUAGGCGGAUUGGUGCCCUUUUUAUCGUCGAUGGGCUUAGACUGCCCCAGCUACCACAAUCCAGCGGAUUAUGUGAUGGAAGUGGCGUGCGGAGAACACGGCGAAUGCGUGCAUAAGUUAGUGAUGGCUGUGAACAAUGGUAAAUGCGCUAACUAUCAGCACUAUCAAGCCGCGAUGAACGCGGUGCAAACCGUAUCGAACGACAUCGCGAAAGAAUCACCGCAACAAGAGACAAAGUCCGAGUCCGCUUUGAUUCCGAACGGAGUGGCGAAACAACCAAACGGGGGAACGGUCAUUAAUAUGCCGAUUUCUUGCACCACCUCUUUGCUGGACAGUGCAGAGAGCAUAGAGCAGAAAGUUGGCUUUCCAACGAAUAGCUGUACCCAGUUUUGGAUUCUUCUUAAAAGGAUAUUCUUAUCGCAAAUAAGAGACAUGACAUUAACGAGAGUAAGGCUGAUUUCACAUAUAAUCGUUGGGUUUCUCAUCGGUGCAAUUUAUUACGACAUCGGUAACGAUGCUUCGCAAGUAAUGAGCAACGCUGGUUGCGUUUUCUUUACAGUGAUGUUUCUCAUGUUCACCUCUAUGAUGCCUACCAUUCUUACAUUUCCAUCAGAAAUGGUCGUAUUUGUGAGAGAACAUUUAAAUUAUUGGUAUUCCGUGAAAGCUUACUAUCUUGCGAGAACUCUGGCCGAUGUACCAUUUCAAAUAGUGUAUUCUGUAGCAUACGUUAUCAUUGUAUAUUUCAUGACGUCACAACCAUUCGAAACGAAUAGAUUUAUGAUGUAUUUAACUAUAUGCAUGUUAACAGCGUUAGUUUCUCAAUCCAUCGGUUUAGUGAUAGGAGCAGCGAUGAGUGUGGAGAGCGGAGUAUUUAUCGGUCCAGUGUCGUCGGUACCGAUUGUUCUGUUCUCCGGUUUCUUCGUCAAUUUCGAUGCCAUUCCAAAGUAUCUUAAAUUUCUUUCGUACGUGAGCUACGUAAGGUAUAGUUUCGAAGGCGCCAUGAUUUCCGUGUAUGGUUACAAUCGUGCUAAGCUCAAGUGUUCCGACGCGUACUGCCAUUUCAAGAGCCCGACGAAGUUCCUCGAAGAAAUGUCGAUGCAAAACGCCGUCUUCUGGAUAGACGCCGUUGCACUGGCAGGCUUCUUGCUUAGCUUGAGGAUUAUCGCCUACUUUGUACUGAGACUGAAGUUACGAUCUCUUCGUUAAAACGUGCGCCGGUGACCGAGAGGACGCCUCGAUAGGUCGUAAUAGUCGUCACGGAUAUUCGCUUCAAUCUCAAAAGAAUCUACGAAUAUUCGCGGCUAUGGUUCUUAACUUUGAUUCUUUUCUCGCCGAAGAUAGAAAUACUCGAACGUUUCGAAUGAACGAGCAAACUGUACAUACACGUGUGAAAACUGCGCGACGGAAUGUUUUCAACUUUCUUUUUGUUGUCAAUUGCUAAGAUUUUCUAUACAUACAAACGAAAACUUUGAACCGACAAAGUUUGGUAAAUCACGAACUAUCGUGCGUACUGUCGCGUUUUAUUACGAACGUUAAGUGUUUUACAACCUCGGAAAGCUCAAGAAUGACGUUCUUGACGACACGUUUCAAUCGACUCGGUCUAUCCGAACUUUAUACCGCACGAAAACGUGAAAAGAAUAAGAAACGUACGACGAAAGUUGUUUCGCGCGAUGUAAAAGAGACGAAGAAAUACAAGUGAAUUGUACGCAUAGAUCAUUUAGGCAUUUCUAAUGAAAUUAGAGUACACGUGAAUUAGUUUAAUAUCAUCGAUAAUAGACCGAAAAACGAGACCACCGUGGGUGAUAUGCAUUGAAAUCGAAACGCAAACAUUUAUAGCCAAUUAUUACAAACUCGCCAGGAGCCUUAGGCCCAUUUAAGACUCAUGGUCCCUCCAACGAGCGCGUGUGCGUCACGCGGAACUUCAUGGACUUUUUUCUAUAGAUAAGCAAUAGAAUUUACGAAUCAAAGAUUAAAAUUGAUCCUUUAUUGUUCUCGUGUUUACAUCGAUCGCUACAUUCACUUAGACUAUACAUGUAUACAUUAACGUGGUAUCUCGGAGAUAUACAAACAUGUUAAACCGUUUAACAUGUCGGACAAAAAUUUUAACCGACCUUCUUGGUACACCAAACGUUCGUUUCCACGUCCGACGCGCGCGUAUAUCGACGAGAUACUUAUUCUAGUAUUUGUAUUCAAAUGAUUUCGUACGAAAUCGCGAGCAAUCCUUACCCAUAUCGUCAUUCCACUAAUCGAUUAUUCGAUAACUGUAAGCGUUCAAGCGACAAAGGUAUUGUAAAAAAAAAUAACAAAAAAGCUCACACUUGACCAAUCACUAGCUGCCUGUGCGUUUGCUUUUUAAGUGGGAAUGCUGAACAUUGUUAUAUUUACUACGAUGAUAUAGCCCUUUAAUUAGAGAGAUAAAGGAAGCAUAUAUCUAUCGUUUAUUACGAAAGAAAACAAGUAGGCACGCGAGUCUAUACGUUAACGAAUUUAACAAGGUUAUUAUGUUUUUUGGAAAUGUUUACAGAAAUUUCUUUCACGGCCUACGCAUUUGUUCGUAUCACAGGUUCGUUUACUCAACGACCGGGAAAGUAACGGAAAGAUUGAACAUUUCGUAGACUAAUUAUUCGUCACUUAUUUUCUUUCGUUCAGCUCUCGUGUCUUGAAGACUUUCGCGAAGAAAGUCGCGAAUACAAUCGAGUACAGAAUAACUUUCUUUAUCGUAUAAUCAUUGUCUUUCGUUAUGAUUUUCGAAAUUCUGGAUGGGAUAUUUGAUACAAUCAAAAGAAAAAAAAAGAAAAAAAAUAGUCGUAUAAAUAUUUUCAUAUUUCCAAUAUUAGAUGUAAAUUCAAUUUAUGGUUUCUCGUUUUAAGCUAAGGUAUCUUUUAUGCGAUCGUUCCGUUCGAAGUUUAGUUGCGUUUAUUUCGUCUUGAUUGGUAGGAGCGAAAUUAUGUUUAAAUCCUAUUCAAGUACGUCCUCGUUACCUUCGAAGAUAACUGCUGUGUAAAACAAGUAAUCGUACUUAUAUCGUGAAACGUAAAUAUUUAGAAACUUCCUAGGAGGAAAGCCUUUGUCGAAACCUUGCUUCUUUACUUAAUCGAGUCGUCUUCGAUUUGACGAAUCCCUUAGCUUGCUUCUACUGGUUUUAGACGAGUCGAACGACGAACAUAGCGUUUAAAUAAUAUGUUAUACAAUGAUUUGUAACCAGUGAUAAAUUUAUGCUAUGCGUGUAACCGGUAUCUACGUUGAACGACGAACAACAAAUAAAUAUUAUGAAUUGUAGGGAAUGGGGGUUCUUAAGUUUCCAAGUUUUUGUUUGAACUGUCGGCGCAGAGAAGGAUAUUGGGACACAAUCGUAUCGUGAUCAAAUUAACGCUGUUAAAGUCGACCCUAUCGAUAAGCAAAAUCGUGGAAUUAUAUUAAUUUCAUUCCGGAUGCGUUUCAAUUGUGAUUCAGUAUCGGUAAACAAUCGUACGGCGAUAGCAAAGUUUUGUAAAGUGUACAUAUACAAAUUGUUGUAAGCGUAAGAACUUACGAAGGCAGGAUAACGAAGUAUGCUGAAAUUGUAUAGAUACGAUAAGGGUGUAACAGUUAUAUCUUUUCGUUGAACACGACAAACAAUUUGUAAGUCGUUUAAAUCUUGGCUCCCGCUUGUACGCUUAACGAAAGUGAGAUGUACAAAAUACGAAACGAAAUACAUAAUUUAACCUAACUGUACAACAGCGAGUACCGAUGACUUCCCUGGGUGAGGUGAUUGUCUCACCUCGUUCACUCGCGACGUGGUCUCGUUUUGUACUUUGUAAAAUAUAGCACUAUAUUUUCUUACAAUUACAAAUUAUAAUACAGUACGAGCCUAUGUGCAUUUUAUUCUUAAUUUAGCAAUAAACAAUUUUUUUCAAUACUGUCUUAUGUUAUUUGUAUUCAGUUGUAUAUCGAUCGAUAUGCUUUGAUAUGUUUCCUUGAAGGCCAUCUUUUUACGAUGAGAAGCCAUAAACACUUACUGAAUUCUACAUGACCCCUACAACAUACACGAGAAAUAGUUACCAAAGCAAUUUGCAUACAUGCAACACGCGUAGAGCCAAGAUUUAAACGCAAUAUCAUUACAAUUUUUACUUCGCUUGCAAUACCCAGAGCCGUCCCUACCACCGAUUAGGCAGUGUACCGUGCAGUAUAAUACCUCCUUUGACUAAGGAUAUAUGAGCGAAGGAGGAAAAGCUUCUCAAUUUGCCUUUGGGAGCAAGCGUUUUCAUAGCGUAUACCUGUAUUCACAGUAACGACGAACAAAGACGACGAUUGUUCCCUAAGAGACAACUUUGAAGGGGGAAGAAGCCCUUUCUCUUACGCUUCCCCUUAAGUCGCAACAAAAGGGAGGCCUAAACUGCACGCGACCUGUACCUCGAGUCUCACGGACUCAAGCAUUUUUACGAGUACCUGGAAAAAUUUUGUUUUACAAUUUUAUUAGCAUAUAUUUUCGCCGCGCUAAGUGGCGUAAAAAGGUAUGCAGUUUUGUUCGCGUGACUUUUGUUCCUUAGUCCUACAAAUUGUAGGGGCGGCUCUGUGUGACUUUCGGUUCGUUCACGGAUGACUGAGUUAUCGAUUUUUUAUUUUUUAUUGCUUCAUCAAUUUUCGAUUCUGUUCUUUGUAAUGCUGCGCAAACAUAUUCUUAGCUCGGAGUCACUGUCAGACAUAAAAGCAGUAAUGUGUCAGACUAAUCACACCCUUCUCACACAAGACACACACACAGAUGCGUGUACUGUGUUCAAGGCUCGCGAGAUCAACUGAGACUGUAAUAACGAACAAGUAAACUUUUAAUCUCUCUCCCUUUCUCUCUCACACACAUACACACACAUACACGCGCGCAAACACACACAGAAACACAACUGUCUUGCGAGCAAUAUCUUCGGACUGCUGUUAACCCUUUCACUGUGAACUUCAUAAUUGUAAAUCUGUCAUAGAAGGUUGAAAAGUAUUAUAAUUUACUUAUUAUUAAUUUCAAGCAGAGUAGUCAAAAAUGUUCUUCGUAAGUGGCUGGUUGUACGUACAUUUGUAGUUCAUAAUCGAUUUUUAAUGAAGCAUAUAUACGUCGUUCACAACGGAAGGGUUAACGAUAUUUUAAUUAACACGAAUACCACGUAUACAUAUAAGUGCGCAGCGUAGGAGCAUUGAUUUACAAAGACAGAACAUUUUCAGCUUUUAGGACACAUACUGAACACGUCGAUGUACAAUGUAUAUUGUUCGACCAUGUAUUGCAUACAGGUACAUGACACUUUUUUCAAGUAUUGUAAUUUUAUAUUGAACUAAAGAGUAUACGUGUGUGAGGUUGUGCGCAUGUGUGUGUGCGACAUCGAAAAAUAAGCAUGAAUCGUGUGAAAACGAAGUGCAACACGCGGGGUAAAAUGGUACCGUAUGUCCUUACGAUGUAAAAUUGCCGAGCGUAAUGUAACUCGUGUUCUGAACAAGGAAUGUCACGUUUAUACUAAAGCACAAAUGAAUAAACAUCUGUAUAAUACGAA